UCCCGCUCGGUGUCCGUCCGCCCCUCUCUGAACUAUUUGUCGAGUGCUACAUUCCUGCCUUGUCCCUCGGUGGGGGUCAGUUACUCUCUGGCCGUUGGUGUUAGAAGUUAUUUGCUGCUUUGGCCUGGCGAUCGCCGCUGUCUGUGGCAAGGCUUUUAACUUUCUGUUUCUAGAAAGAAAAUCAAACUUCGGGGAAGUUGCCUGAAAAGUUGGAGGCCGGCCGGCUUCCGCGUUGCGUGGCUGUUUGUGGGCGAUGGGAUGGUAAGAGUAGAGAGGCGCCCGGUGAUCGACAGGAGAGAGGAGAGCGGCGGGACGGCCGCCCCGCUGUGUGUGCAGAGGAAUCCGGGCACUUGUUAGGGUUUUGCACUGUUAGUUGCUUGUGAACCCUGAAUGAGAUUGUUAGCACAGUCUCCUACGGCACCGCACCAGGGGCGCUAGACAUACGUGGGCAGUGAGCUUGGCGGGGUGAAGGUGCAACCCGGACUGAAACAUGGAUAAGUACGAGGAUCUGGGGCUGGAGGCCAGCAAGUUUAUUGAGGACUUGAAUAUGUAUGAAGCGUCCAAGGAUGGGCUCUUCAGGGUUAACAAGGAGGCUUGCAAGCCCGAGUUCGAGGAGACCCGGCGGGUAUUCGCCUCCAAAAUGAACAGGAUCCACCUGCAGAGGCAACAGGAGAUGUUACUGAUGGGAAAUCCGCAGGGGGCUGCCGCCAGAGUCAACGGCGGCUUUGGCCCAAUGGCCGGUGAUCCCGAGAGUGCGCCCUCUGCUGGUAGAACCCGGCCUCAGAAUCGCCUCAGUGGGGAGCUUGGAGCCAAGCCUCCAGUGUCUGCCACACCAGUGUCCAACCUCCCUGGCCACCCGGGACAGCCGUUAUCCAACCGAUACUCUCAAGACCUGACCCUCAGGCCCAACCUUAACCAUGAGAGUUCUACCACUGAACACUCUGGGCCUGAACCCCAUGGCCCUCACUCGAGUGCCCCAAAUUAUUCCCAGUCAAGCCCCAGGUCAAGCUGUCACCAGGAGAGCGACUCGAGCUCCAGCCUGGUCAGUCCUCGGUCCAGUCUCUUGGAGACCCAUCAACUCUCCUCCGGUCCAAAAGAGGUAAUCCCGUUCCAGGUCAACCCUCACUCUGCCUCAGGUGCCGGUGAAUCCGGCAAGCACCGAGCACUACCCCAGCACAGUCAACGCAGCCCAUCCCUUUCGGCAAACCCUGGCCCGGACUGGUCCGAACUCAACCAUCGCGCCCCCGAGGUUGAUGCCCGGCCGUGUCGGGCUGGUCCCAGACCUGCUAGCGUACCUGGCAGUCUGGCCAUGGGCCUGCCCGAUAACACCUUUGCUCAGGCCCACCCUGGGGCUAUUUCCUGUCCUAGCUCCCUGGCCCCAGCGCAAACCCACCUCCCAGCCUCAACCCUGAACCACGAUCCAGAUUACAGUCCCCAGGACCCUGCCUCUAAGGUGCGCCUGCCCUGUCAGCCUCUCCUCACGCAGCAGGACCCAGGACUGUCAACAGCCGAAUUAAAAUUAGAAGCUCUCACUGAGCGUCUGGAGCAAGAAUUGGAUGCACACCCCAAGGCAGAGUAUUUUGGGACUUGCGUGAAGUGUAACAAAGCGGUGUACGGAGCACACCAGGCAUGCCAGGCCAUGGGCCACCUAUACCAUGACACCUGUUUCACCUGCAGUGCCUGCAGUAGAAGAUUGCGAGGCAAAGCUUUCUACUUUGUCAAUGGCAGGGUAUAUUGUGAGGAGGAUUUUCUGUACUCUGGUUUUCAACAGUCAGCCGACAAGUGUUUUGCUUGUGGCCACCUGAUAAUGGACAUGAUCCUCCAAGCCUUGGGCAAGUCUUAUCACCCUGGUUGUUUUCGCUGUGUCAUCUGCAAUGAGUGCCUAGAUGGAGUGCCAUUCACUGUCGAUACAGAGAACAAGAUUUACUGCAUCAAAGAUUACCAUAAAGUAUUGGCUCCAAAGUGUGCAGCAUGUGGCCAGGCUAUUCUUCCUGCAGAGGGAUCUGAUGAAACAAUUCGUGUUGUGUCCAUGGAUAAAGAUUAUCAUGUGGAAUGCUAUCGAUGUGAGGACUGUGGCAUGGAGCUGAAUGAUGAGGAGGAUCACCGUUGUUAUCCAUUGAAUGGACAUUUACUAUGUCACACCUGCCACCUAAAACAUAUUGACAGUGAGACACCAGGCUCUAUCUACCAGCCUAAAUACUAAUGAGCGGCUUUUGCAAGACCAUUUGGAUUGGUUCAACGCUGCAGCACUUCAUCAGUGCUGAGAGAACAAAGGCAGUCCAAGCAAACUUUAUGCGCGACUUCCUGUGGGUUUCAGAGACUUGGGAUAUGUCCGCCUUUGGAUACGUAAUGCUUUUCUGAGUGAUCAGGAAAGGGUUAUCCAUUAUGGAACGCUGCUUUACUUACAUGUGAUAUUGCAGGCAAACAUUUGUAGCAUCAGAUUUAAAUUCAAUUAAAUUCACAAGGAAUAUUGCAAAAGGUUAUCGAUUUUAGUGAUUGCACACAUCGAAUUUGUUGUACUGCUCAUUUCCCAAGAGAAUCUGUGGAGAAUGAUCAGGUGCAAGAUUGUCAUGACAACCUUGAAGUAAUUACAAUAGAAUAUUUCCAAAAUUGUGUUCAUCUUUGCUGUUUUCUGCUCUGAAUUGAGCUUUAUUGAACAAUCUCAUGAUUAACUAUGGUUGCUAUCACACCAAGUAUCUUGAUUUGAACAAUAUCCUUUUCCACACUUUCCAGUUAUUCUACGGUCUUGACAACAAACUGUUAAAAUCUGACUCCCUUGUGUCAUAUAACUUUCCCUGAAUAUUUCUCUGGAUUUUCUGCAGUCGUGAUUUUGGGCUCUGUAAUGUUAGAUGCUCACUGUAACUAAUAUUUUUAAGAAAUAAUUCUUUUACAAAGGCUCCUAGAAUAUUGGGAUGAAUUUAGAAAGGUGCUUAAUUUGUACAUUUAUAUAGUUCUGAGGUUUUAUACAAUCUGCAUGUAUUUUAAUGGUCAAUAAUUUAAACAGCCAAAAACCUAGAGUGAAAAAUUUGAGAACAAUGUAAAUUGCAGUUCCAUAAGAUUGUCUGAAAUGUGCUUUCAUUCUAUCUACACAUUACAAUCAGCUGUCUUUUUAAAAAAAAAAUAAACAGGUGGCC